AUGCCCGUCAACGAUACAGAACACUGUGUUCAUCACGAGGAUGAAGUUGUUCCAUUUGGAAAGGUAUUGGGAGUGACUGAUGACGGUGUUCCUGUUUUUUCUAAUGGUGAAAGGGGCUUUGCGAGCCGACAGGUCUCUGUUGCCCCCAGUCUUCGGCGCAUUGGAAUUCCCCAUUCCACGUUGACCACUGGUAUGUAUGAUACUCUUGGGUACAAGUGGCUGUCUCUAGAAUUUGUGCGUCGAUAUUUGGUCAUGUCAAAGGGACUUUGGCUUUCCUCUGUUCCGACGGCCGAGGAUGUGUGGCAGGCGAAGGAUCCCAUCACAACUAUACCCGAUGGCAAUGCGGUGACUGUAGUCCGCCACGUCAAUGGAGACACGACAUCAUUGCCAUCUGUUGGGGAUAUAAUGGUAUGGGGACGUUCUUCUUCAAUGCCAACAGGACACGUGGGCAUCGUUGUUCAUAUUUCAGACAACUGGGUUGGACUAGCAGAUCAAAAUUAUGAGUUUAAUCGUUGGCCAUCAGAAAAAAAUUACAGUCGACAGAUUGAACGAAAAAUAAGAGACGACAAUAUUGUUGAAUAUCACGAUGAGGAAUCGUUACUUGGUUGGAUAAAGGUGGAAGCACCACCUUAUGACUUUACUCGAGGUGAUUUACCCGACAGAUACCGGCAUAUCCUAAGCUCUGGUCAUAUUGUACGAUACCAUGUGAAACGAGAACUGAAACUGCCAUGGACAAAUCCCACUGAACGUUGUGAUUACUUUCUUAAAAGGUCACUAACGAUUGAUGGAAAUAUGGGAGAAAAUGCUUGCGCUGCAGAAAAUGACGUCCCUGAUGGAUAUUAUCUUAUGGAUUAUGACAUGUGGUGUCGCUUUCGUUUCGCCGCAAACACAUUACACGAGAUUGCAAUGGAAGCUACACGUCGAAUUCUUAAUGAUCCAGACUCUGAACAUAUACUUGUACACUAUUUUGGUGUCUCAAAAGAAUUGCAUCCACAACUUCGAAGAUCCUUUGAUAUUAUUCCUCCAAUGGGUGGUCGCUUUGACUUUGGGUACGAUGGAAAGGAUAUUGUCAUGUUAGAAUAUAACUGUGACUCAUCAGCUGCUAUGUUAGAGUGUGGCGACACCCAGGAUAAAAUUGCGCGACAUUAUGGAAUUAAAUCUGGGAUGUCUACAGGUUCUUUUCUCUAUUCAAAGAUGGUGAAUUACUUUAAGUGUUUGCUACAAAAUAAUUUUGUAUGUCCGCCCCACAAGUUAAUUCACUUUAUGAUAGAUGAUAAUGAUGAGGAAAGGUAUACUGCUUUGUAUGCAAUGAAUGCUGCAGAGGAAGGAGGUUUCAGAACAAAAUUGUGCGUCAAAUUGACAGAUUUUCGUUACGCAAGCUCUGCUACAGAUGGGGAAUCUCUCAUUGUGUCAAAAGAUCAUCCUGUAAUUGUGGAUCUUGAGGAUGAAAAAGUUCUCUUGGUUUGGAAAACGUGGGCCUGGGACACUAUUUUACACCAGUAUUCGGAGCAAAAAUCUCAGGAAUCAAAUGAAUUGAACCAAAAACCGUCAUUAUCUGAUAUUCUUUUGAAUGACAAUAUACGUGUUUUGGAGCCGUUAUGGAAAACUCUUACAGGGAGUAAAGCUAUCCUUCCAUUUAUGUAUGCCUUGGCACCAAACCAUCCAAAUAUGGUUCCUGCCAGUUUUCAGCGUACCAAGGAAAUUAUAUCAGGGCACUAUCUAUCAAAACCAGUGAACGGUCGUGCAGGACAAAAUAUAAUAAUGUAUGAUCCAGAGGAAGAUAAAGAUACUGUUGCUGCUGCACCACAAACAGUGGAGGCACCAGUUCUCUGUAGAUCACUUUCACUACCUUUGUUUGAAGAUACACCGAGUAAUACAUUUGGUACCCCUGCAGACGAAGACAAUGAAAACUCUACGGGAAGAUUUUUUGAUUCCUCGGUCGUCUAUCAAAGUCGUAUUUUUCUUAAGAAGUACGAGCAUAAGUACUUUCCAAUAUUUUGUGGCUGGACUAUUGGAGGUGAAUUUGGGGGUGUAGUAGUGCGCGAGGACACUUCCAAAAUCACAAAAUUAGCGAGUCUUGUUGUACCAGCGCGUGUGGUUCGAGAGCAUAUUCCUCUUCAACCUGCACAUAAUUCUGACGAUGUGGGGGAAACCUGA